AUGUUCCUUAGCAGUAAUAUGACCUGUCAUUCUUGUGUUAAAACGUGGCCGAGAAAGACCUGCGACAGAAAGAGGUGGAGGAAGAAGCAAAUAGUCUGGUACAAUGUGAGAGACGUCAAGAUGACCUCUUCACUAGACGAUUAUGACUUUGUGCAAGUGCUGAUUCACGAUAUUCAUGGACGACCUAAAGGACGCCUGAUGGCAAAGAGAAGAAUGCGGGGAGUAUUUAAAAACGGACUCGGACUUUAUGGCGGCGUAUGCUUCUGUGGUAUUCGAGGAGAAAUCACUAUCCACGAAGACUUUGGCGCCAAGGGUAACUAUGCAAAUAGAUAUCUGAAACCCUUGUUCAACACACUGAGACCUUGCCCCACGCUAGGUCAAGGCAGAUUCAAGGUUGGCGAAGUGAUGUGUCGUCUGGAAACUUUGGAUGGUACACUGGAUACAUCAACGCCGCGUACCGCUGCUGAAAUCCAGAUAGAAAGACUUCAGAACGAGCUGGGUCUUACAGUCAAAUCUGCCUUCGAAAUAGAAUUCAACAUCCGAGAGACUGGGAGUAAAAAGUAUUUUGGUCACAUUAAUGAAUGGUCAGCAACUGGCGUAGUAGAAAAGUGUCAAGAUACACUGUUUGAUCUGAUACAAGUACUGGGUGACAGAGGUGUACCCGUGGAUUCAGUGCAGACUGAAUACGGACCGGGUCAGUUUGAGUUUACACUGGAUGUUGAAGAAGGCAUAACGGUGGCUGACAACACACUGAAUUUCAAAAACAUUGUCAAGACUUUUUUGAAAACGAAGGGUUUUGAUGCGUCAUUCAUGACGAGAAUAGAUCCGUCAUUAGGAGCCAGCAAUGGUCUGCACUGGAACCAUUCUUUAUGGACAUCGUCAGGUCGCAAUGCCUUCCUUGACGUGAACAAACCGAACAAGCUGUCUGAACUUACCUGCCACUGGCUUGCCGGUUUGGUAGAACACUCUCCGGCGAUGACUGCAUUUUGUAAUCCAACAAUUAACUGUUACAGGAGAAUAGGACAACCAUGGGCUCCUACAUACGCUGACUGGAACUGCCAUGGACGCUUGUCUUCCUACAGAGUCAAGGUGGAGGGCGACAACGUUUACAUUGAGAACAGACUUUCAACGGGCGCUAGCAACCCCUACCUAGUCAUGGUAUGCUCUCUCGCUGCUGGCAUUGAUGGAGUCAAGAGAAAACUGCAACUGCCUAAAGAAGGUGACAAAAGUGUUCUACUGCCUACAGAUCUAGAAAGUGCCUUGCAAACCCUAGAAGCCGACACGGUUCUUACAGAAGCUAUGGGAACCAAGCUUGUGGAAUAUUUCACUUACUGUAAGAGAACCUAUGAAGUCAAGGAGUUUGCAGCCUUUGGGAAACUCAGCGAAGAAGUGCAAAUUGAGAAGGAGCAUGAAUUCUAUUUUUUUAGUGUUUAA